UGCUACUGAGAAGCCAGCAUCGUUCGUUAACCGACACCGACGACGACGACGACGACGGACAACAUCAAACGCCGAACGAUGGGAGCGCAGUACGUGCUGUUUGCGGUGUUGCUGGUACCGCUGAGUGGGCUGAUUGGGGGUGCGUACGGUGGUUCCUGCCGGGAAGCCACCCUCUGCUGCAAUGGGCGCGAUUCGUCGUGCGUGGUGCAGAAGGCACCGCUGAACGCGAUCAUCGAGGACCUGAACGAUAAGCCGUGCUACUGUGAUCACGCCUGCCUGAAGCUGGGCGACUGCUGCGAUGACUUCAAAUCGCACUGUGGAGUGAUCGACUGCAUCGUCAGUGAAUGGGGCCAAUGGAGCGAAUGUGACACGGCCUGUGGCAACGGUAUGAUGUCGCGCACUCGCAUCAUUGAGCAGAAACCGCAGAAUGGUGGCAAACACUGCCCGUCGCUGGUGCAGAAACGUGGGUGCCAGGGGCUGAAAUGUCACAACCAUCACGACCGAAAGGCACUCCGAGAAACGGCCCUGCUGCUACCGGCUGCCCUGUCCAAGAGCCGCCACGAGAACGAUACCAGCGACAUUCGGCGAAAUCUACGAUUGCGCUACAAGAACGCAUUCAAGCACAACCGAGGAAAUGAGUACUGUGUGGAGUUCGAGGUAAUCAAAGCGACCAAGGCAUGCCACAAGGACAACACCUACCGUGGGCUCGCCGAGGGUGAGCGUGUGAUCGUUCGCUGCGACCUGGAAGCACUGCACGAGGACAAGACAGUCGAUACGCUCUCGAGCAACUCGGUGCAGGACGACGAGGAACCGGAUACGCCCAAGUACCGCUGCCGGGGCGAUGGAUUGACGGGGCGCAAUACACGCUUCACAACGCUCGCCAUGCCCGCCUGCCGGGGCAAGUGGAUGCGCCUUACCGUAGGCCAGCCGAAAAAGUGUCCCACCAAUGACGCUCAGUUCAUUUUCGUCUAAGGUCUAUCCCGU